AUGACGAGCUUGCCUGAGAGGGGUGCAGCACCACCAUCCAAUCCUACGCCAUCAUCGUCGUGCGUGGGAGACGCCGCCGUAGCCUCUUCUUCUUCGUCUACUUCUUCCGCCCCAGAGGAGCAGAGGAAGGACGGCGGCCCGAAGCAGUGCAAGGCGUCCAUCCUCUCGAGCGUUCUCACCAUCUUCGAGCCGGACCAGGAUCAGUCAGGCAGGUCAGGGGGGCACGCCUCCGGGUCCUAUGCUUGGUCGAGGGUUCUGAGGCGGUUUGUGGGUGGCGGCUCCAUGUGGCGUUUCCUGGGAUGCGGCAAGGCUCUGACCGCCGCCGACGUCCAGUUCCUUGGAAAAUGCUACAAGCUGUCGUCCGAGGAGUCGUCGAGUGACUCGGAUUCUGAGGGCGGGCAUGCUGCGUUCUUGGAAGACUUCUCGUCAAGGAUAUGGAUCACCUACAGGAAAGGUUUUGAUGCCAUAUCUGAUUCCAAGCUCACAAGUGAUGUCAACUGGGGUUGCAUGGUUAGAAGCAGUCAGAUGCUGGUUGCACAGGCACUGAUUUUUCAUCAUCUUGGAAGGUCUUGGAGAAAGCCAGCACAGAAUCCAUCUAACCCAGAAUAUAUAAGGAUCUUACACCUGUUCGGUGAUUCUGAAGCCUGUGCUUUCUCCAUUCACAAUUUACUUCAAGCUGGAAAGAGUUACGGUCUGGCUGCUGGAUCAUGGGUGGGUCCAUAUGCUAUGUGUCGGGCAUGGCAAACCCUUAUCCGCACAAACAGAGAGCAACCUGAAGUUAUAAAUAGGAAUGAAAGUUUUCCUAUGGCGCUCUAUGUGGUCUCGGGUGAUGAAGAUGGUGAAAGAGGUGGAGCUCCAGUUGUUUGCAUUGAUGUUGCUGCUCAGCUUUGCUAUGAUUUCAACAAGGAUCAAUCAGCAUGGUCACCUAUUCUUUUGUUGGUUCCUCUGGUUCUUGGUCUUGACAAAAUUAAUCCAAGGUACAUCCCACUACUAAAGGAGACAUUCACAUUUCCUCAAAGCUUGGGCAUUUUAGGUGGAAAACCUGGAGCAUCAACUUACAUUGCUGGGGUGCAGGAUGACAGGGCACUCUACCUAGAUCCCCAUGAGGUUCAGCUGGCAGUUAACAUAGCAUCUGAUAACUUGGAGGCGGACACUUCCUCAUACCACUGCAGCACCGUCCGAGAUAUGCCUCUAGACCUGAUAGAUCCAUCCCUGGCUAUUGGUUUUUACUACCGUGACAAAGAUGACUUUGAUGAUUUCUGUUCUCGGGCCUCAGAGUUGGCAGAGCAGGCGAACGGAGCACCGCUCUUCACUGUCGUGCAGCCAGUUCAGCUGUCGAAACAGAUGUACAACCAGGAUGACGGGUCCGGCUGUUCAGGCUACGGUGUCUCCGACAACAUCGACGCGGAGGACCUCGAUGGCUCCGGCGAAACAGGAGAAGACGAGUGGCAGAUUCUCUGA